AUGAACGAGAUUCAUUGUCAGAAUGGUCACGGACAAUUCCUUGGAUCACCAUUUAACAAUGGCAUGCUCGGAAACGGUUUAGCAUCAGGCCAUCCUUUAGGAUCUGGAAAUCCUCUAGCAGCUAACAAUAUUGCUGCUGCUAAUAUCGCAGCCAGUAAUCUCGCAACUACUAGCAAUAUAGCAGCUAAUAACAUAGCCACUGCUAACAAUAUAGCAACCGCUAAUAAUGUAGCUACCGCUAAUAUGGCAGCAGCAAACAAUUUAGCCGUAGCUAAUACAUUAGCAGUUAAAGAAGCUACAUUACCAGUUGCAGCUCAUCCUUUAGGAUACGAACCGAAAUUAGCCGGUUUACAAAUAGGUGACAUUGCAGCAUCUAAUAGCAGGGGCUUCCAAGUUACAAGUUCAUCACCAGGCGCUCCCCACGGCCUGUCUGUACUAUCUGAGAACCUAUUAGUUGAAGGACCACUGGCGGUUACUGGUCAAUUGCCUUUCUUAGGCAGUGUAUCCCUUGAAGGACCUCUAGCGGCUACAGGUCAAGGUGCGGUUUCUUAUGGCUGUGGUAAUGGAAAUGUCGGUAUGGUGAAUGAGAACACAGGUCCUGUUGGUCCCAUGCCCGGUAUGCCUUACGGCGGAGUACCAAUGGGUCCAGGAUUUGGAGGCAAUGGAUUUGGAUUCAACAAUUUCGCUGCGGGCAUCCCUAAUGAAGUUGGAACAGUGAAUCCUAUUGUAGCCUAA